UAUCUCAAAACCGCUUCCACUUGUCACACCUCCCGCGCAAGAUAGCCUCCCCGGCGCACCAUAAACUCCUUCUCUCACCUCCCAUGAAUAAGAGCUAGAACUAGCAUUCAACCAGAACAAAACCAUAUCUGAUCCUCUCAUUAGAGAAUAAUGGAGUCGAGAGCUCUAUCCUGCGCCACCAUCUCCUCCCUCGUCCGCCUCAGGAAGACGACAACAGAGAGUGCUUACGUCAUCUCGGCGCGAUCCAACCGCUCCGUCGGCGGGAACCUCAUCUGGGGGCGGCAACUCCGGCCAGCGCUGCUGCUCGAGAAAUCGUCGCCGGCGAGGAAUGCCACCGGGAGGCGGGAGCUGCUACGUCCGGUCUGCGCCACAGCAGAAGGGAGCGAUUCCGCCGGGGAAGGGAAGAUUACUCCGUUGGGAUUUGCGGAGAAGUAUCCUGCUCUUAUCACCGGUUUUUUCUUUUUCAUGUGGUACUUUCUUAACGUGAUCUUCAACAUACUCAACAAGAAGAUCUACAACUACUUCCCCUACCCUUAUUUCGUCUCGGUGAUGCAUUUGCUGGUGGGGGUGGUGUACUGUUUGGUGAGCUGGGCCGUGGGUCUACCUAAGCGCGCUCCCAUGGACUCGAACCUGCUGAAGCUGUUGAUCCCCGUCGCAGUAUGCCAUGCCUUAGGCCAUGUUAUGAGCAAUGUCUCGUUUGCUGCGGUGGCUGUCUCCUUCACCCACACAAUCAAAGCUUUGGAGCCUUUCUUCAAUGCUGCUGCUUCUCAGUUCGUUCUUGGACAACAGAUACCCCUGACACUAUGGCUAUCUCUGGCUCCUGUUGUUCUCGGUGUGUCAAUGGCAUCUCUAACUGAGCUUUCAUUCAACUGGACGGGCUUCAUUAGUGCCAUGAUUUCCAACAUCUCCUUCACUUACAGGAGUAUCUACUCAAAGAAAGCCAUGACUGACAUGGACAGCACCAAUAUCUACGCGUACAUUUCCAUCAUUGCACUCAUUGUUUGCAUUCCACCAGCAAUUAUUUUGGAGGGGCCUCAAUUGAUGCAGCAUGGUUUCAAUGAUGCAAUUGCUAAAGUGGGUUUCACAAAGUUCCUCUCGGAUCUCUUUUGGGUGGGCAUGUUUUAUCACCUUUACAACCAGUUGGCAACCAAUACCUUGGAGAGAGUAGCUCCACUUACUCAUGCAGUUGGGAAUGUGCUGAAGCGUGUGUUUGUGAUUGGGUUCUCGAUCAUUGUAUUCGGUAACAAGAUCUCGCUGCAGACAGGCAUCGGAACAUCCAUUGCGAUUGCCGGUGUAGCAAUUUACUCGUACAUCAAGGCCAAGAUAGAAGAGGAGAAACAGCAAAUGAAAUCUGCAUAAGAUGAAAAGGCGUUCUUUGGAGGGGUGGGAUGAUCGUCGUGUAGAUUUAGAUGUUUGUGGACAUGAGGCUCCCAGCCAUUUGAAGGUCACUUAAAUUGUAUUUUUGCUCUUCUUUCAUUUGGAGUAAAACUAUCACUGAUCUGCAGUCUUCCCAUAUCCACUGAAAAUAAUGGUUCUCUUAAACACUGCUUACAUGGGGAAGCUACCGAGAGAGACUGGUAUUGUAGCAUAAAAAAAGUGCAUGUAUCAACCAAUGGAAGUGCAAUCUGCAACCACAGCGUCUUCUAUCA